UGCAUGUACAGUGUACACGUAGUAUACAUAGCUCUGAUCGUGUUGUUUGAUGCUGAACACUCUUGCAGUCGCCAAUAUUCUCAUCCAUGAUUCGCUUCAGUCUUCUUAUACCGUUUCUCAUCUUCGAUGGAAUUCUGGAAGUGAAGAGUGUAGAGAGAACGGAGAACAUCACCGUUAAUUUUGAUUAUAUAGACGUAUCAAUAUCUCGUACAGCAUUUUACUUUCAAAGAGCCACCGGACUUUCUCUAACCAAGAGGAUGGAAGAUUUCCAGCAAGCCAAAGUAAUAGGUACGUAUUUAUGUGAUCUAACAGAAGACGGGAAACCAGGAGAGCAAUCGUAUAAGCUUGUCAGGGAAAAGAUGUCGAUGCCAGACAGCAAAUUCUAUACUCGACUGCUACUGAAACUCAAGGAAGGAGAAAAGGAAGUUAACAUUCCGUUGGCCACUUACUCAGAUUUUGAAUACUAUCCUUUGCCAGAACCAAAUAUCGAAGACGAAUUGAAUGAAUACAUCGCAUCUGACACUCGACUGUAUGUUAAGAAGAGUUCGAGCCCAACCAACCUGGGUCUUCUAGUCUUCGGACUCUACACCAGACGAUUUGUAGGCCUAAAACAGGAAGCUGAACUCAGUGCGUAUCACACGAUAAACUUCAAACUACAUAGCAAUGCUGCGACUAUCACUUUCAAGAGCAAUGGGGUUAAACAUUCAGAACAGAGUGUCAGUGAGACUGAAAAAGAAGGAGAAUACCAAAGACUUGAUGUAGUCUGCAAAAAACACUUUGAAGAAGGCUGAAUUUCCGAAGUUUGAAUCCAAAACUGUGUCAACUACU